AUGUUGGUUUACGUUGCGCGCACGAGCUCACGGUUGCAACAAUUGGAUGUGAUACUACCUACCACCACACACUGGUGGGGGAAAUCCCAGCUUUUAUUUAUCAGAGGUAGGUGGCGCUUCGGUAGCUGUUUAGCAGGUAUUCUCCUGAAAAGGUUCUUGUCUCGGACUGGUGGUUCAGCCAGCAGGUGGGCCGUUUCACGGCGGUGGAAGAGUCGUCGUGAUUCUACAUCAUCUAGUUCCGACAGCUGCAGUAGUAGCAGUUCCUCUGGAAGUUCGAGUGGUAGCAGUAGUAAAAGCCCUGCACGAAAAAAAGAUAAAAAAGCAUCCAAAGAGGAUUCGCUCAGUAGAAAAGAAAAGCGAAAAAUCAAGAAGCUGCAUAAAAAAGAAGCUAGACGAGAACGCAAGGCAGCUAAAGAACAAAAGAAAGCAUUGAAAAAACAGUUUAAAUUAGCUCGAAAAGCCGAAAGACAGCUGCGCAAACAGGAGAAAAUAGAAUCCAAGAAAAGUAAACCAGAACCAUCUGCACCGCCAGACCCGGGAGAUGACUGUGGUGUGCCGCUGCAACUGAUGGACACAAGAGCCCGGGCACCGGAAACAAGAGAACAGUAUGAAGCAAGACAAUCGGUGAUUCGUCGGGUGGUAGAUCCGGAAACCGGCCGCAGCAGAUUGGUCAAAGGUGACGGGGAGAUAAUCGAAGAAUGUGUCAGCAGGACUCGACAUCAGGACUUUAACAGACAAGCAACGGCCGGCGAUGGGGCCGAGUUUCAACGACGAACGCUUGGGUGGAAUGUGGAUUGAGUUAUGAUUUGAAAUAAAAACAUUUUCCAAUGAA